AUGAUCGUUGAUGUGCCUCGCGACGCGCGCGCGAAGACGCGCGCGUGGGCGGUGGUGAUCGUCGCGUUCGUCUUCGCGUCGAGCGCGGCGGCGGGCGUUCGCGCGUCCGAGAGCGGCGUCGGCGGCGCGCCUUCGGCGCGACGGAGUCUCGUCGACGUCACGGGGGCCGCGUUCUUCGACGUGUUCGGCUUCGAGCUCAGCGCGAGCGCGGCGUUCGAUCCGAUUUGCGAGUUUCUGAAUCCGUUCCUGCAUCCAGACUAUCGGUUAUCGGCGUGCGCCGAAGAGCAAGCCGCCGCGGCGGAAUACGAGGACGAAUACGAGGCGUACGGCGAAGGACGCGAUCGCAUCGUGAUGGAUCCAGAGGGCACGUUCGUGAAUGGGGUCACCGGGAACGUCGCCGGCGGUAUCGGCGGCGGCGGUAUCGGCGGCGUCGCGGGCGGAUCCGCGGGCUUCAUCGGCGGAGGUCUCGGCGGCGUCGGCGGCGGCGUCGGCGCCGGACCGAUCGGACGCCGACUUUAG